CGCAGUUCGCAUCGUCAUCAUCCUUUUCUUUGACAAUUGUGGCGGCAAUGGCAUCGGCCACGACAAUACUUUCUCCUCGCCCCCUCUCUCUCGCCCUGCCGCCGUACUUUCACAACAAGACUCGUGGUUGCUGCAGCCAUGCCUCCCGAACGAUGCCGCACGAUUCGGGCGCCAGAAUGCGCUUCUCGCCGCACUAUCUUUCUUGCAAUCAACGUCGGUCAUCCGCCCGUGCAAAGAAGAAUCCUGGUUCGUCGCCAGCAGCGACGGUGGAGCCACCCUUCAAUGUUCUGGUGGCCAUGAAGUCCUUGCACAAUGACAUCAUGAUCGUGGACUCCUCGACUACGAGAAGUAUGCCUUUUGAUGAAAUGCGUCAACGUAUUUUCUACUAGUUAGGAAAAAUCUCUCAUUUGGUUUCCUUAUGUGGAAGCUCACCGCAACCCUUCCUCCAAAAUUCCCCACUAGAAUAUGAUAACUUGCUGCCUAACAGACACGAGAAAUCUCUGUAGUUGCUUCCUCUUGCCAAAUGAUACGCCAUGGUCGCUGUGUACGCACGACUUGCAACGGGAGGCUGCUAAGAGGUGCCUCUCGUUGCUAGAAAGGUUGAAAGAUGCUGUGGCCGUGUUGAUCACUACUUCAGAUGCGAAGGACACAGAUUGCCCCAGCACGAGAGGACAUUGCUUCAAACAAUGUAUAUUGUUGCCGGUAUGAGAAUGGAGGAGGAAGACCACCUCUUGCUCGUUUUAAAAUCACAAGAAGAUCCUGCGCCAGCAGAGUAAGAAAAAGAUAUAGAGGGAGAGGGAGGCUCACCAUGGACACCAUCUUCUCUAUGACUUCUGAAACACAGCUGAUGGUGUGCAAAAAGGAUUCCAAAUUGAAUGAAGAUUUUCAAAUCAAGAGCUCACUCAAAAUCUCCUAAUUGAGGAGGAGAUCUAUCACUUGAGCUUUUUUGAAUCUAGGAGAUCUCUGAAUCAGUAAGCUUGAUUCAUGCUCCUAAAUUCCAAAUUUCUGACCAUGUGGGAGGAGAAUGGUGCUUGUUUGAGCGAGUGAAGGGGAGACUGCAGUCUUGUGCAAGAAAGGGAAGAUAACAUUCAUAGUAUGCUAAACAAGGAGCAACCUUGGACUGGAUCAUAUUGGGAUGAGUUUGCCAGUCUUCCUGCUAUUGUUCCUGAAGGUCCAAUUGCAAUCUUAGGUUUGGGUGGCGGAACAGCUGCACAUACAAUGCUUAAAGCAUGGCCAAACCUGCACCUUCAAGGUUGGGAGAUUGAUGAGACACUGAUUGAUUUGGCAAGGGAAUAUUUUGGUCUAUCUGAUCUAGAGAAGUGCACAUCAGCUGGUGGUUUUCUUUCGGUUCACAUUGGUGAUGCACUUUCUGAAUCUGUGACAACUGGAGGUGGCUUUGCUGGAAUUAUUGUGGAUUUAUUUUCUGGUGGAGAAAUCCUUCCUCAGUUGAAGAAGGUUUCUACAUGGUUAGACAUUGAGAAGAAGUUGAUUUCAAAGGGUCGCAUCAUGGUAAAUUGUGGUGGAGCUUAUGCUGAGGUAUAUGGAAGCGGAAAACAAACUGUGAAUGCUAAUGUUUUAUCAACUGGUUCCUGGAUUAAGAACUCUACUAUUAAGGCACUUUGCCAGGCAUUCCCUGGAAAGCUAAGCUGGAAAAGAAUGGAAGAGAAAGAUAGCGAUAACUAUCUUGCCCUUACAGGUCCAUUGCCAGAUUUAGAUGCCUGGUCUGCUGCUGUUCCUGCUGAAUUGAGCAUGAAUGUGAAAGAAUGGAGAAUGUGUGAACUUUCUUCAUGAAAUUAGUUACCCAGCCUGUCAAAUUCUUCUGUUGGAAAUUGAUUAAUGUCACAUUCGCAUUACCUGACAACAAGAAAAUGAAUCUUGCACAGCCUGGUGCUUGGCGCUGACGCUGGCUCGAGGGGAGAGAAACUUACAAAGUCCAUCUAGCCAUUACUUUAGAUCGUUUGCAAAAGCAAUCGUAUAAACAUUCAUGUAACUCGUUGAAUUUUGUGGAGUGACCAAUGCAAUCAUUUUGUAGCUCUCA